CUAGCCCUGCACAGCGGAGGUGGUAGUGGCCCUGGUCUGUGGCUCCCGUCCUAUUUGCUCUGAACCUCGCAGCCAUGGAGGGACCCCAGGAGCUUCUGAGGGGGAAGCUCCGGCUCUGCUUCACCCCCGCUGCCCGGACCAGCCUCCUGCUGCUCAGGCUCAACGACGCGGCGCUGCGGGCGCUGCAAGAGUGUCAGCGGCAACAGGUUCGGCCAGUGAUUGCUUUCCAAGGCAACCGAGGGUAUUUGAGGCUCCCAGGUCCUGGCUGGUCCUGCCUCUUUUCCUUCAUAGUGUCUCCGUGUGGCCAGGAGGGCCCUGGUGGUGGCUUGGACCUUGUGUGCCAACAUUUAGGCAGAUCUGGGCCUAACCGCCUCCACUGCCUGGGUCCACUCAGGGAGCGCCUCACUAUUUGGGCAGCCAUGGAUUCUAUCCCAGCCCCAUCUUCAGUUCAGGGUCACAACCUGACUGAAGAUGCCAGAGAUCAUGAGAGCUGGCAGAACAUGGGAGACUAUUCUGCAGGAGACACAAUUUCACAGCCACAGAUGGCACUAGAAGAGGUGCCAGAUCCACUGGCAAGCAGCCAAGAACAGUCACUCCCAGGAUCCUUGAGGGAACACCUGGCGCAGUGGGAAGUGAGAUAUCCUAGGAACCAGAGCCAUCUUCCAAACAGAGAGCCUGAUCAGGUACUGCCUUCCUCUGCUCGCCAGAAACACGUGGACAAGAAACGUCCAGCACCUGCAGCUACUGUAAAACUAAAAGAAAAGAGGCUCAGAUCUCUGUCUCUAGCUCCAAGUCCCCUACAAGGGCUGCCUAGUCAGGAGCUACAGGAGGGAGAAGAUUGGGAGCAAGAAGAUAAAGAUGAAGACAUUAGCCCCAGGCUGGUGCACAGUCCCUCAGUUCAAGCAGACUCUGAAUCCCCAAGCCCUGAAGAGGUACCAGAUUACCUCCUGCAAUACAGGGCCAUCCACAGCGCAGAACAGCACCAUGCUUACAAGCAGGACUUUGAGACAGAUUAUGCUGAAUACCGCACCCUGCAUGCCCGUGUUGGGGCUGCAAGCCAAAGGUUCAGAGAGCUGGGAGCAGAGAUGAAGAGCGCUCAGCGAGGAACUCCAGAACACAAGAUGCUGGAAGAAAAGAUAGUCCAGGAAUACAAAAAGUUCAGGAAGCGGUACCCAGGUUACAGGGAAGAAAAGCGCCGCUGUGAGUACCUGCAUCAGAAAUUGUCCCACAUUAAAGGUCUCAUCCUGGAGUUUGAGGAAAAGAACAGGGGCAGCUGAAGAUGACAGAGGGCUCUUUACCCUCUGCCCAGUAUGCUAUGAAGGAACAAAGCAGCUAUUAACUAGAAUACAACUGUCUGCUCUUCUUAUUGCUGAGUCCAUGGUGGGAAGUAGGAGAGCUGCUCUAGGUUCUUAAGGUUUGGUUUUCAUAUUGCCAUAUUUAAAUUUUUAGGGCAUGGGCACAGUGCCAAGACUCCACAGCUGUGCCCAGGAGACUAGGAAAAGUAGCAGAGACUUGGCUUCUCCACCUUUAGUUCAGCCAAGUUAUUUUUAAAUCCUGAGAAAUGAUACCAUUUCCAGGACAAGAUACCUUGAGAACAUCAGAAUUUACUUGGUAGCGUCCCUUAAGAAACAAUGAAAACUUUUGGUAACAGAACUAAAGGAACUUGUAAUACAACUGGAUAUAAUGGGAAAGGGCUUGGGUGUUACCCAUGUACUGAAAGUGAAUUCUUUUACAAACAUGGCUAAAAAAUUAAAACUGAUUGCUUCUGUGUCAAGUUUGUUUUCCUUGAAUCCUCUUACCCGUGGCUGUGUAUAUGAACCAGUUCUGGGGCUCCCUAAAAAAUCAGAUCCCCAGAUCCCAGCCCAGGUCUUAUGAAUUAGAAUCUCCAAGAUUAUGGUUAGGCAUCUUUACUUUUUCAAAGCACCAUGGAUGACCCUGAUAUAUAUUUUGCUAUGAGGCUCUAUCAAAUCUUGUAAUUCAGUGGUCCCCAACCUUUUCAGCACCAGGGACCGGUUUCAUGGAAGACAAUUUUUCCACAUGCUCAUGCUGGGGCGAGGGGGCGGCGGUGGUUCAGGCGGUAAUGCAGGCGAUGGGGAGCAGCAGAUGAAGCUUCGCUCACUCACCCGCCGCUCACCUCCUGCUGUGCGGCCCGGUUCCUAACAGGCCACGGACUGGCCCAGGGGUCGGGGACCCCUGUUGAAAUUGGUAACUAGAGGAUACAGUAGGAAUAAAGCUCUCCUUUUCCAAACAUGGAGGUUGAGGAUCACCUGCAACUGGGGCUCCUAUCUGGAAUUAUCCAGUAACUGAAAACUAUAACUGUGGAUAGGAUUUGGAUUGACCCACAAAAAGGAAGAGGGAAAUGGUUCAGUUCGUUUGAACCAAAGAUCACACCAGUCGUAUCCUUUUCGUUCCUCACUGUUGCAUAAGAAGUGGAUGUUUCACUCACAACAAGGAAUGAUACUGCCUUUCCCAGUUCCGCUGGAGAAGGAAGUUAAUGACCACACCCUGAGCUUUGGGGGAGAGAGCUGUACCCGGCAGUGUCAGCAAUUCUUGAAACAACUUGGAUGGAACCCCAACCUGAUGCCACACCCACACAGGGCAUUUCUGGGCAGAGAAUAGCCCUUGGGAGAUAUAAACAUGCUCAGCUGCAUGGCAAGGAUAAACAGCAAUCCAUCCUUAGGGCAUGGGCAGGCCAGAAACAGCCCAACAAGAAAGGUCCCUCACCUGUUCUAAUCAUCAGGCUAGGGUCCUGUGCAAUAAACACGUGAGGAUAGAUAGAGAUGAAAUCUGGAAAGGAAUUACAGGUGAUAACUGUGGACCCAGUACAGUACAGCUGUAUUGACCAUUAUGGCAGUCACUAGUCCUACAUGUGACUGUUUAAUGAAAAUUUAAAAUAUGGUUUCUAGCUACAUUUCUAAUGCUCAAUAGCUACAGGUAUUGGGCAAUAAAGAUUAUAGAACAUUUAUAUCAUAGCAGAAAGUUCUACUGGACAGUGCUGGUCUAGAGAACCUCUGCUUCCCCACCUCGUGGAGAAAAGACAGUAUAAAGGGGGCGCAUUUAUUGUCACUGUUCCAAAUGUACAAAAAAAAUUAGAAAAUAACCCCCACCUCAAUUCCCCCCCCCCAACAUUCCUUCCAACACAAAUAAUUUUUCCCAAAACCACAAACAUAAA